AUGAUCUUCCGGUGGGAUCCUUGUGGACUGUUGUGCGUGAUUUUGACGUACUUAUUUGUUGGGUAUGCGGACUAUGUGUUUAUCUUUUGGUUGAUUCCGCCGUUUUGGUCUGAAAGUCUCUGGGCAUCAUUUCACGUUAUGCUGUUCAACACGAUACUUUUUGGGUUAUUGUUCGCUCACAUGCGUGCCAUGUUUUCCGACCCGGGCAUCGUGCCAAUGCCCAGCGUGCAGUUAGACUUUUCCGAACUGAAUUCAAACGAUUGCCCAGAUAGUGACUCAGAGUCUGACACGCAACGUAAGCCGUUUGUGAAAUUACAGGGUGAAGAUUGGUCGGUGUGUGGCCGAUGCGAGGCGUACCGCCCACCGCGUGCACAUCACUGCCGCAUCUGUCGACGCUGCAUCCGCAAAAUGGACCACCAUUGCCCAUGGAUCAACAACUGCGUCGGCGAGUUCAACCAGAAGUAUUUCCUGCAGUUCCUUUUCUACGUUGGUACGCGCAUUCUGUUUCUGGUGAUCGUGCGUGGAUUUCGAUGUUCUAAUAUUGUGUACUUAUGUGUAUUUCAGGCUUAG